AAUGAUUCUAAAGUCAAAUUUAAUCUUUAUCCUUUUCCUGCUAAAAAUCAACAUUGGUUCUACUUUGUCAACUGAUACACAUCAAACUGUUAACAUCGCUUUAAAUCAAGUUUGUUAUUCAUCUAGUGAAGAUGGCAACCUGAAAAGGAAACAAUUGGCACUGGAUGGAAGUUUUAAUCAAGCAGUAUGCUUUAGCUCUACUAUUAACCCUAUGGAAAAUGAAUGGUGGAUGGUUGUAUUUUCAAACAGCUAUUUUAUAAGGACAAUCAGAAUUUUAAAUACCAGAGGUCAUUCAAUGUCAAAUGUUUUAUUUUUCACUAGUAUCAAUGAUACUGACCCUAAUAAUAUCAACUCUUUUACUCUGUGCAAUCGAGGUUCAGUUGGGUCAAUGCAAUCACUAACUGUUGAUUGUUUGAAUGGACCGCAAUAUUCAAAAUUGGCAGCCGUUAAACUUGAAUUAAUCAAUAAGAAAUUAAUUAUAUGCGAGAUUGAAAUAUGGACAAUGCGAGAUAUUGACAGGAAUAAAUUCAAUAUAUUAUCACCAGGCGAAACUAAAUAUAGUGCCAAUGAUGGGCAAAGUUUCUCUAAAUGGGAGGCUCCACACUGUUCAUGGACAGGUUCAAUUGUUCCAAGUUGGUGGGCUAUAGACUUGGAAAUAAAGAGUGAAAUAUAUGCUGUUUCAUUGGUGAAUAGAAUAGAUCCUGUUGUCCGUCUAAGUCGUGUAAAGAUAAUAAUAUCAAACAAUCAAUUUACAAAUCCUCCCUGGCAACCGGAAAUAUUAUGUAAUACAAUAAAUGAUGCUACUUAUUACAUGACUAGACGUUGUCCUAAAUAUACAAUUGGUAGAUACCUAGCUCUAUUCAAGACAGAAUCUAUUCCACAUCCUGGUAAUGCCCUGCAAGAGAACUUAUCCUUAAUUGAAGUCAAGACAUCUGCAAAACUAAAUUUCUAUGAUCAUAGACAAAAGAAACUGUCUGAUUACGUUCGUGGAUCUAAUAAUGUCUUGGUUACCAGUUUUCCCUACCAAAAGGCCACAAGUGCGGAAGUUUUUAAGUUAAAACAGAAAAUCAAAACACUGUUGCAAGAAGAGAAAAUAGGAAAAGGAUUUACAACACUUAAACAAAUUAUUGAGCAUUGUCCAGUCGAUUCAUUCCUGAAAAAAAACAACGAAAUUCUUGGUACAAGAUCAAUUCGUGAAGAAAUACUUAACUUUACAUAUGAAUAUAAAAAAAUUUCAAUAGAUGAUGGCGACAUUGAAGAUGUUUCUUUAAAUAUGUAUAGGUUUCCUUACUUUAAAGCUCUGGAUUUUAUUGAAAAGAUUGGCACAUUUAUACUCAUUAAGACAAUUUUCUACAAGGAAUACUAUAUUGUCAAUGGACAGUGGUUGAUGAGCAUUUUCCAUCAACUUCAAACAUCCUCUGAACAGUGUCAAGGUUCUCUUAAAGGUCAAUACUACUUCUUGACUAAGGACACUCCAGUCUGUAGAAAUAUGGAAAAGGCAUUUAUGACCACAUUACCUAGUCAUUUGGUACCAUUUCCUAUUAGAAGAAACUCUAUGAUAUUCUGCCAAAUGGGAAUUGUAUUAGAUUUAACACCAAAUUCUUGUGUCUUCCCUCAAAGUUUACCCAAGCCAGAAACUCCUUACAAAAGUUCUUUGAAUUUAAAAGAAGCUGUCUCAGCUGUUCUGAUGUACCACCCAGAGAGUCCAAUAUACAUGAAUCAAUUACACAGAUUAGUAUUAUACUUAAUUACUUCGGUGUACAAGAUAGGAGAUCCAUUUGGUUCUAUAAUUGAACUGAGAAGGGGAAGAGUUGUUCUUCAAGGAGGUCCUGUAGAAACUUGCAUUCUAUUUGAUGAUGAAGAGGAGGAAGAGAAGGAAGAGGGCAGUUCUAAAACUAUAAAAGUUAUCUCAUCUACACUUGCAUGUAAACAAGCUCCAGCAUUAAUAGCUGGAUUUUUAAUUGAAAUUGCAGUAAUUAUUGAAUUUGCUCUCCAUGAAUCAUCAAUAUUUUACGAGAGACAACUAGAAACACCUUGGGGUAAUGAAGCAAACUUUGAAGAUGAUAGUAAUCUAUUAUUCUUUGAUAACUUUAACAUCUUUUACACACCCAUUGAUGCUUUAACUGAGAAAAAUGCAUUGAGGUCCCAUUUAAUUUGGAUAAUGCAUAAGCAAUAUAAUCCAACAACUGCUGACGAGAUUUACUUUACUGAAGAGCAUAAACCAGAAGAAAUGCUAACAUUAAGCACAUUAAGUAAUGAUCUUGAUGAAGAUCCACAAAUAAAGCCAAGUAAUGUAACAAAUAGUAUUCAACUAAUAUCUGAAAAGAAUCAAUUACAAUUUCUUUUUGAUACUAUAAAUCAUAAAUAUGAAAUAAUUUGGAAAUAUGAAAACAAAAGUAUACAAAGGAAAAUGUAUUUUGCUGAUUUAUCAAUUUUAAAAAUUCAAUUAUUAUUUAAAUAUCAUGGAAAAAAACAGCUUCAUUUUAAAAAUGAUGAAAUUGAAAUGAAAAUAUAUCUUGACAACAUUGUUACUGAUUGUAUAAAUGUUCCAAAAGAUAAUUAUCAACUUGUUAUACAAACUAGAGAGGAUUUGGCUCAGGAUAGUGAUAUUGAUUUCACUUUUGCUCCUAAAGACAAUUAUAAAUUAUCACGUGAUAAAAUUAAAAUUGGACAAAAAUUUCAAAUUAUGGCAGAAACAGAUGAUAAAAGUAUGAAGCCAACUAUUGCUACAAUUUGUGACAUUUCUCAUAGAUUAGAAAUGUUGAAAAUCAGUCACUGUUGGCUUAAACAGAAAUAUAAAUGGAUAAACUUACAAUCAUUGACUUUACUAUUAUUAAAAAAGAAUUAUGAAAAUAUCAGGAUAGAAACAAACAAUAGAGAAUUUAAUUGGGAAGAGUUAAUGGAAUAUUUAGAUACUGAACAAAUCCCUCAAGAGGUUGUUAAGAAGUUGCACAAACCAAAUAUGGAUAAAAUAGAAUUUUCUGAAUUGGUUACUCAACAUCAUAAAGGAAAUGAAAAUUAUUACGGAGACUUUUUUAGGAAACUGGAAGCCAAUUUUCUAAGAUAUUUUCACCAACCAUUGAAAGAUUUUCCAGUUAAAGUUGGUUUCCUGAUGAAGUGUCCACUGAGAGACACAUCUGUGACAUUUCUCUCAGAAAUAAUUGAAAAUAAAACUUUCAUACCCUAUGCUUUCUGUAGAAAUUUAAAUUCUACUCACAUUAUAAAAACUUCAAAUGAACCACAAAAAUUUAUUCCAGAACUGGAAUGUAUAUCAGCUUUAAUGCUUUGCAGUUGGAUAAACUUUGAUAAAAUAGCAGAAUACUGUACUUGCGAAAAUGCUCAAUUGUUAUUAUAUUCUUCAUAUUUACGACUAAAAUAUGAAAAUAAUAAUAUGAAUGAAACCAAAUUGUCAAAACCUUUAAUUGCAAAAUGGAAAACAUGCUUUAUUGAUUUCUUAAAAAGUGAAAAAUUUAUCAAGAACAAAGAUAAUGGAAUUACAAUUUGUAACUUUCAUAAUCAUUUGAAUGAAAAGUUUGAAAAUGUUGGAAAAGAAGAGAUAGAAAUAUUUGUUAACAGCUCAAUAGUAAAGUUAGAGUUGCAGGGUAUUAAUUUGGAAAAUAUUCCCCAAGAAUUUAGCUUAUUAUCGCCCACAAUUGCCAAUUUGCAAAUUACGGAAUGUGAUCUAAAAUCAUUUCCACAGAUGUUUUGUGACUUUAAACAAUUGCAAUGUUUAAAUUUAUCUUCUCUACCAAUUGAUUCCCUUCCUGAUGAAUUUGGUGAAUUAAUAAAUUUAGAAGAGUUGAUCAUAUCUCAAAAUGUUUUUAAAGAAUUUCCUUCAGUCAUCUUUCAACUGUCCCAUCUUAUUAUACUUAAAUUCAAUGCCUUUGGAUAUACACCAAAGAAAAUCAAUACAUCCAUACUAACGGAUGAUGUAAGGCAUCAAGCUGACAAACAAUGGGAACACCUGGAAAAUUUUGGUUUAGAUAAAAAUAUAUUAGAAAAUUUAAUAAAAGAAACUGCACUGCAAAAUAGUUCUGCUUGGACAUUAGAGGAAUUUCAACACUUCUCUUCUGGAUUAUAUUUUAAAUUACCCAGAAUAUCAGCUAUAGAUUUUAAUCUUUGCCCAAACAAUGAAAUUUGUGAAAACUUAACUGUUUUAGAAUUAAAAUAUCAAAGUUUCAAAAUUAUUGAUAAUAGCAUUAAAUAUUUAAUUAAGUUACAAACUUUAGAUUUAUCAUUUAAUCUUUUACUUGAAGAGAUCAGUGCUGAAAUAUGUCAUUUGCCUUUAAAAAACCUAAAAAUUAAUGAUUGCCCUGCACUUAAAACACCUCCAAGAGAAAUUGUGAAAAAAGGUCUAAAUGAUACAAUGGGAUAUAUGAAAAGAUUAUCACAAGGUUCAACUCAAUGUAGAAGAAGUAAAUUGAUGUUAGUAGGAUUAGGAGGAGCUGGAAAAACCAGUCUUAUAAAAAAGAUGAUGACAAUGAAAAAUGAGGAUGAAAAUCAAGAUUCAAUUAAAACAAUAGUUACUGAUGGAAUUACAAUAAAAAACUGGUCUGUUCAAUCAGUCGAAUAUUCAAUUUGGGAUUUUGCUGGUCAAACUGUUUACUAUAAUACUCAUCAAUUUUUCCUAUCAAAUAGAGCAGUAUAUUUUCUCUUAUGGAAUGUACGAUUGGGUCAUGAACAUGCUGGUCUUGAAUUUUGGCUGAGUUCUAUUGAAUGUCAUGCUCCAAAAGCACCAAUAUUUGUUGUUGGAUCUCAUAUAGAUCAAGUUAACAAAGCUGAGUUAACUAUUCGUCAUUAUCAAAGAAGAUAUCCUCAAAUUAAAGGCUUUCAUAACAUUUCUUCAAAGACAGGUCAAGGUAUCAAUGAUUUGGUUGAUAACAUGGUCAAAGUUACUCUACAACAACAAUAUAUGAAUGAAAAGAUCCCUAAAACAUGGUUGAACUUUGAAAAUAAAAUUAUUGAAUAUAGAACUUUUACAAAUCUUCUUUCAUUAAAAGAAGUAAUAGAUUUAGGAGGACUGUUUGGACUUAGUAACAAAGAUGAGGUGCUUCAAGUAAUUCAUUUGUUUCAUGAUUUGGGAACAAUACAAUAUUUUGAAAAUGAAUAUUUGAAGAAUAAAGUAAUUAUUAAUCCUCAAUGGAUUGUAGAUGUUUUGUCCUGUGUGAUUUCUGUUCAUGAGAAUUCAGUAAAAAAUGGUAAAUUAUUACAUCAUAAUAUCAAUAAAGUAUGGCCAGAGCACAUUUAUCCUUCAAAUUUACAUAAUUGGCUAUUAAGACUAACUGAGGAAUUUGACCUAUCAUUUCCUCUAAAAUCAGAAUCAGCAAAUUUAAUUCCCUGUCUUCUUCCAUCAAUUGAUUUUCAAAAUAUUUGGGAAGGAGAUAUUCUAACUGAGCAAGAUUUUCAAACAAAAAUGACUUAUUUUUUUUAUUAUCUUCCAUCUGGACUCUUUAAUAGAGCUCAGGUGAGACUCCAACAAUACAGUGAUGAAGGUAAAUUUUGGAAGGAUGGAUCAUUUUUAAAAAAGAAUAUACACAGAGGAUUUAUUAGAAGAAAGGAUAAUUCAACUGUUCAAGUUGAAGUCAGAGGACCACAACCAGAAAAUAUGUUAUUUGUUAUUCAUGAGGUGUUUGAAAACUUAAUUGCAGAAUCUUUUGUUGGGGUAAAAUAUGACUACUACCUACCUUGCAGUGAAUGUGUUUAUCUUAGACAACCAAAUCCCUCUCUGCUACCGUCUUCAAAAAUCAAAAGGGCCUUAACUUUUAAAGUACCAUUCAUGCAGUGUUACAAUUAUUUCCAUACAUUAUCCUUAAAUCAAAUUCAAAAUAUGUUGCCGCCUGAAAAUAGUGAAGACUUUGAUUCUCAGCUCCAAAGUUCAAUAAGAGAUCUUGAGAAAAUGAAGUCAUCCAUUAGGAAUAAUCUGGCUAUUCUUUACUGUUCAGAUGAUUUUGAAACUACAAACACCAUUGAUAAAGUAACUCCAACAAUGAUACAAGAAGAAUUGGAAGAAUCAGAAAUCCUUGUGUAUGUAUAUAUGCAUAUUUGA